AUAUCGAUAGGUUCCAGUAUUUUAACUGAAUAUAUCGAUUGCCGCGCCGCUGUCACUCUUUGGUUCGCUCAACACCACCUGGUCACACUGUUAAACAUUGUUGCCUUUUUUAUUCUAUUCCCGGAAAUUUUCGCUGUUUUAGCGAUCGCCGCUGAUUUGUUUGGCCGAUUGAGGUCAGAGGCCAAAGGCUACUGCAAUCGACUCGGACUCCAGCCAUUCGACAGCCGCUCUGCAGCAGAGGUCAACCUCUGUUGUUGUUGUUGUUUUCGCCAGCUGCUACAUCCCCCUGCGCGUGUGUGCGUGUAAGACACAAAGAAACGGGCUAAUCCAGCAAAGGAGCGAGAGCAAGCAAGCGCCGCCAGCAGCAACAUGGAUGUGGAGGAGAAUUACGAGAACUCAACAGAAAUGCAGAAUCAAAAUCUGAAUCUAAACCUAAAUCAAAAUCAAAAUUCGAAUUCUAAUACAAAUGCCAAUGCCGACCCACAGCAGCAGCAGCAAAUGCAAUGUGAGCCUCUGUUUGGAUUAACAACCAAUACAACAACAACCACAAACCCCAUGAUGGCCAUCCCGCUGCCAGCGCCGCCCGGCAUGCUGCCCCAUCCGCAUCCGCAACCGAAUUCGAAUCCGAAUCCAAAUCCCACAGCAGCCACAACAGCCGGAUCGGCGCCCGCAGCAUCGAUUAAAGGAUUACCGACAAACGACUUCGAUAUUGACUCCAUAUUGCUGCAACAGUUUAGCUGCAUGGGCACCACGGAUCACGAGGAUCUCAUCAGCCAGUUCCAGAGUCUGAUGAACAAUCAGAUGAAUCGGGAGUCGGCCAGAUUCUACCUUGAGAUGAGCAACUGGAGCCUACAGACCGCAGUGGGUUGCUACCUGGACUUUUGCAGCCUUCAGUCGCUGCCCUCGAUGAAGAUCGUGCAGGGCAAACAUUUGAAUGCCCAGCAGCAGGCCUUCCAGCUGCAGAAUGAUGGCACUGAGCGUUGGCCAAACAACUGCUAUCUGACCUCACCCAUCCAGACGCAGCGCAUCAAUGUGCCCGCCCUACGUCCAGGCGAAACUUGUGAUAUACUGGCCGAUCUGAUGCCAACGCAGCCACCGAUAAUGUGGCGAUUGUGUACACCAAAUGGCUGGUACUUUGGCGAUGCCAUUUGGAUGAUUCCACCAGGAACGCAAGCUAGCCAGGAUGAACUACAACAGCGGAUGGUUCAGUUAAUUACAUCGGAGGCCAAGCCAGAUGUCUAUCCGCAGAUCAACAUCGUGAUAUCGGCCCACACACAAUAAUUACUGCGAGCAGCACAGCCAGUGUCCAGAAUCUGGAAUUUGGAAACUGGAACCAUUAUUAUCCUCCCUCCAUAAAUCUGGCAAAAUUAUUCCGUUUUCCAUACAACAAAAAACAAACAAAUCAUAUUGCGGGGUGUGUGUUCAGUUCCCAAAAAAAAAAAAAAAACAAACUCAUUGAUA